CACUCUCGCUUUGCCUUAGAACUUUUGAUAUAGAGGGAGAGAGAGAUUCGUAACGGAGACGAAGCGAAGAUGUCAGGUUGGGACGAAGGAGCAGUUUACUACAGCGACCAGCCGCAGUUCCCGGAGGCCGGAGACGCCACCACCAUCAGCCCCCAUGCCGUCUUAACCAAAUUUAAGGAAUUCAUUCGAAAUUUCGAGAUCGAGCAGAAUUGUUUCCCCUACAGAGAAGCUCUCCUCGAUAACCCUAAGAGACUUCUUGUCCACCUCGAAGAUCUCCUCGCCUUUGAUUCCGAUCUCCCUUCUUUAAUCCGAUCUUCUCCUGCCGAUUAUCUCCCUGUGUUUGAGAAAGCAGCUGGUGAAGUGUUGACUGGAUUGAAAAUGAGGGAGGCUAAUGAGGGAGGGGAAAUGGAGGAACCUCUGCCUAGAGAUGUUCAGAUUUUGCUGACUUCAAGAGAGGAUCCAGUAUCUAUGCGAUUACUUGGGGCCCAGUACAUCUCAAAGUUGGUGAAAAUCUCUGGGAUUAGUAUUGCAGCUUCGAGAGUGAAAGCAAAGGCGACUUAUGUGUUUUUGGUAUGUAAGAAUUGUAAAAAGACAAGGGAAGUUCCAUGUCGUCCGGGUCUUGGUGGGGCAAUUGUUCCUCGAUCAUGUGAUAAUAUUCCACAGCCUGGAGAGGAACCUUGCCCUCUUGAUCCAUGGAUGGUGGUUCCUGAUAGGAGCCAGUAUGUUGAUCAACAGACGUUAAAGCUACAGGAGAACCCGGAGGAUGUUCCUACUGGAGAGCUUCCAAGAAAUAUGCUUCUCUCAGUUGAUCGGCAUCUUGUACAAACAAUUGUACCUGGAACCAGACUGACAGUAAUGGGUAUCUACAGCAUUUUCCAAGCUUCAUCAUCAUCUAACUCGCAUAAAGGAGCAGUUGCAAUUCGGCAGCCUUAUAUCCGAGUUGUUGGAUUGGAAGACACAAAUGAGGCCAGUUCCCGUGGCCCUGCCAACUUCACUCCUGACGAAGAGGAAGAAUUCAAGAAGUUUGCUGAUAGUCAAGAUGUAUACAAGAACAUUUGCACCAAGAUCGCUCCUUCUAUAUUUGGCCAUGAGGAUGUGAAGAGAGCAGCUGCGUGUCUUCUCUUUGGAGGAUCCAGGAAGAGCCUGCCGGAUGGAGUGAAACUAAGAGGUGAUAUUAAUGUUUUGCUCCUGGGAGACCCAUCAACUGCAAAAUCACAGUUUCUUAAGUUUGUGGAGAAGACGGCUCCAAUUGCUGUUUAUACAUCUGGAAAGGGUUCAUCCGCUGCUGGGCUCACGGCUUCGGUGAUUCGAGAUAGCAGCACUCGAGAGUUCUAUCUUGAAGGUGGUGCUAUGGUUUUGGCUGAUGGAGGUGUUGUGUGUAUUGAUGAAUUUGACAAGAUGAGACCGGAAGAUAGAGUUGCUAUUCAUGAGGCAAUGGAGCAGCAGACAAUCUCCAUUGCAAAAGCUGGAAUAACAACUGUCCUUAAUUCUAGAACGUCGGUGCUUGCUGCUGCUAACCCGCCAUCUGGUCGAUAUGAUGACCUUAAGACUGCACAGGACAAUAUUGAUUUGCAGACAACAAUUCUCUCUAGAUUUGAUCUUAUCUUCAUUGUCAAGGACAUCAGGAAGUAUUCCCAAGACAAGGAAAUAGCCAGCCAUAUUAUAAGGGUUCAUGCAUCUGCGAACAAAUUUUCGGAUGAAAACACAGAUUCUAAAGAAGAUAAUUGGCUCAAAAGGUAUAUACAAUACUGUCGAGCAAGGUGUCAUCCCCGUCUCUCAAAAGACGCUGCUGAGAACCUGCAGCGAAAAUAUGUAACAAUCAGAAUGGAUAUGAAGAGACGUGCACAUGAAACAGGAGAGGCUGCUCCGAUACCUAUUACAGUGAGACAACUCGAAGCUAUUGUUAGACUGAGCGAGUCACUUGCAAAAAUGAGACUGUCACACGAGGCCACGCCAGAUGAUGUAGACAAAGCUUUUAAACUUUUUGAUACCUCAACCAUGGAUGCAGCAAGAUCUGGGAUAAAUCAACAGAUAAACAUAACAGGCGAGAUGGCCAACGAAAUCAAGCAAGCGGAAACACAGAUAAAGAGAAGAAUGGGGAUCGGAGCUCGGUUAUCAGAGAGAAGACUGAUAGAGGAUCUAGCUAGAAUGGGAAUGAACGAUUCAAUGGUGAGGAGGGCUUUGUUGAUAAUGCACCAGAGAGGUGAAGUUGAAUACCAGCGAGAGAGACGUUCUAUUGUCCGCAAAGCUUGAUCGUCUAGGCAUGCAGUCUCUCUUCUUUAGUCUCAGCAUCUUCAACGAUAACAAAACGAUAUUUAGUAU